CUGCAUUUCUGACUAUUCUUAUCAUGUUUCCAAACCCCAUCUGCCUCCAUUUAUAUCCUCUGCUGCAAGUACCGGUCGAGUCUGACGCGCGCGGGUAGCGGGCGCAUUCUGGCAUUAUGGAGACAGAAUCGAAGAAGAAAGCAGAAAGCAGAAAAGCGGCGUGAUGGGUGGCGGUGGGACCUCGGGGGACCGAUGCCGCGACCACCCAGGCUACGGUGCCAGGGCUGUGUGUGUGGUGUUGCCAUGGCGGUCGUGCCCAGGAGGGAAAGCCGGGCAUUGCGGUCCAAUCUAAAGCCCAGGGCCACCCUCCUUCGGCGCUGCUUGUAUGCAGGACCGAAGCACACCGGCCUCUGUCCUCGCGGGCCAGCACAGCUGUCUCUUAUGCCUUGUCCGGCACGCUCUGCAUCUUGUGCUUACGGCGCACACACGGCACGACAGGAAGGUCCAGCCGACACGUGGCGACACAAGCACCACCGCCAAGGCCGUGCUCUCGUCUGCGGACCCACAAACCCCACCACAGGCAUCUUGGCGGGGUUCUGUGAGGAGACGCCUGCCCCUCAGUCGUCGACCAAGGCAGCGUGA